UUUUUUUUUCGCAUGAACAACAAAAGUUACGUGCGUUAGCUUAGCAUGUUAGCUGGAAGCAGACACAGUCGCGGCAACAGCGAAUCAGAGCGACACGUCCUGAAGACCAGACUGUUUCUGAUGGAGGUUAAGAGGGUAAAGUUUCUGCUCUGAUUGUGGGAAAUCCUCAGAAGUUCAGAUGUUUGGAGAAAAGACAGCUAACUGAGACGGACGAACCAACAUAGAACGAGCAAAUGGACCCUCAAGAUGACGUACAGCGGCUGUCGAUAAUCAAAAAGGAGGUUUUGCCUGACCACUUGAGUCUCGGACCAGACCAAAAGGACCUAAAGCUUCCACAGAUUAAAAAUGAACAGGAGGAAGCUGAUAUCAUAGCGUUCACCUUCAGUCCUGCCUCUGUAUAUAGUGAAGAUGAUGACGAGAAACCUCAGUCCCCAGAGCGUCACCUUAACCAGACGGAAGAAAGCAGAGACUCUGCAGGACCAAGACCGGAUCUCUGUUCGUGUUUGGAAUCAUAUCAUGAAGACAAAGCUUCAGAUGACAGGGAUGGAAGCUGGGAGGAGAGUGGUGAACGUCCAUCAGGUUUAAACUGCCUCAGGAAUAAUCAAAACAUUUCUGUUGAGGAUAGAAGACGUGAGAACGGCAUCCAGCGAAUGUUGGUGACCAAAAAGGAGUUCCCUUCAGAGCUGCGUAACCAAACCAGCGUAGACCAGGAGGUUCAAACGUCCCCACAGAUUAAAGAGGAACAGAAGGAGGCUGACAUCACCGARUUCACAUUCAGUCCUGCUGCUGUGAUGAGCAGAGAUGAUGAAGAGAAACCUCAGAAGCUUCAUCGCGGCUGGACUGUCGAGAAUGGAGGAACCUCUGCUCCAGAUCAGGAUUUGGAAUCCGACUCAGUGGACCAAACUACAGAUUCUCCAGAAGUGGAAAACGGUAAUGGAAACUGGGAGGAGAGUGGGCGUUUAAAUCCUCUCAGUGCUAAUAAAGAUCCCGUAGAGAGCAGUAAGAAGUUUUACAGCUGCACCGAAUGUGACAGAACAUUCGACUACAGGUGGCGACUGCUGAGGCACAGCAGGAUUCACACAGGAGAGAAACCUUUCAGCUGCUCACUCUGUGGUCAGAGGUUCAGACGGAAAGAUAGUGUAACUAGUCACAUGACCUGUCACACGGGGGAGAAACCUUUAUGCUGUCCUAUCUGUAAGGCAACCUUCAGGUGGAGAUACGUUCUUGUGGAGCACGUCAAAAUCCACACAGGAGGGAAAUCGUUCAGCUGCUCAGUUUGCGCAAAAACGUUUUUGAGGAAACAAGAAUUAGUGAAACACACGGUCAUCCACACCGAGGAGAGGCCUUUCAGCUGCUCCAUCUGCAGUGCGGCUUUUAGAAGGAAGCACGAUUUAGUGAAACACACAAAGGAGCACACGGACGACAGACCAUUCACGUGCUCCGUCUGCAGCGCAGCUUUUAAGCGAAAAUACGCCUUAGUGGAACACACACGAACGCACACCGGAGAGAAGCCGUUCUGCUGCUCKGUCUGCGACCAGAGCUUCAGCCAAAAGUCAACGCUGACUCGUCACAUGAGGCGUCACACGGGAGAAAAACCUUUCAGCUGCUCCGUCUGYAAGGAGGCCUUCAGGUGGAGAAACGUUUUUUUAACGCACACAAGAACCCGCUGUGGAGGGAAAAACUUCAGCUGCUCGGACUGUGAUGCUGCGUUUGGAAACGAACAGGAUUUCGUGGAGCACAUGAAAACCCAUGCAGGUGAAAGAAAAUUGUUGCAGUGGCUGAAWAUGUUGAAAGUGAUAGAGAAAAGGCAACAAACAGUGGAAGGGCCAGACUGUCCGAAUGGAGAGCAGCUGUUUUCUCAGCUUGAUGAUGAUGUCCAGCAGGUGUUUGUGAUCAAAGAGGAGCUUCCUCUAGAGAACUGGAGUCCCAGUUUGGACCAGGAGGCUCAAACCUCCCCACAGAUUAAAGAGGAACAGGACSAGGCCGAUAUCACACGGUUCACAUUCAGCCCGGUGAAGAGUGAAGACGAUGAAGAGAAACCUCAGUCGUCAGAGCUUCAUCUCAGCGUAACCGAGGAGAGCAAAGACUAUGUGGGACCAGAAUCAGAUCCUGAAGAGAAACCCUCCAAUACUUCAGACACAGACGUCAGCGACGGGAACUGGGAGGAGAGCAGUGAAGCUCAGUCGGAUUUAAAUUCUGCAGAUGUUAAUGAAGUGCCUGUUGGCGCAAUGUGUAAAAACGGUGAUAAAAAGGUACACAGCUGCGCUGAAUGUGGUAAAACAUUCAAACGCAGGCAAUAUUUAUUAAUACACCAACGAAUCCACACAGGGGAAAGGCCUUUCAGCUGUGCUUUCUGUAAGGCGGAUUUCAGAUGGAAACAUGUUUUAGAGAAACACCUCAGAAUCCACACGGGAGAAAAGCCUUUCAGCUGCUCCGUUUGUGGUCAGAACUUCAGCAGAAAGGAAAGUGUAACUCGCCACAUGAGAUGUCAUUCUGACAAAAAACCUUACAGUUGCUCUGUCUGUGAUGCAGCUUUUAUUUGGAAACCAUCCUUGGUGAAACACAUGAAAACGCACAGCGAGGAAAAAUCUUUCAACUGCUCCGUUUGUGGUCAGUGUUUCAAGCACAGAGACAGUUUAAAUAGUCACAAAAGAAGUCACAAUAAAGAAAAACCUUUCAGCUGCUCUGUCUGUCAAGUGGCUUUUCCGUGGAAAUAUGCUUUAAUGAAACACAUGAGGAUCCACACGGGAGAAAAACCCUUCAGCUGCUCCGUUUGUGACGCAGCUUUUAAAUGGAAACCUUCCUUGGUGCAGCACAUGAGGACGCACAGUGGAGAAAAGCCUUUCAGCUGCUCCGACUGUGGUCAGUGUUUCAAGUACAAGGAAAAUUUGCAUCAUCACAGGAGAUGUCACACUGGAGAAAAACCUUACAYGUGCUCCAUCUGUAAUGCAACUUUUAAAUGGCACAGUGCGUUCAUUGAACACAAACGACACCACACUGGAGAAAAGCCCUUCAGCUGCUCUGUCUGUGAGGCAGCUUUUAUAAGGAAACGGGACCUAGUGAGACACGUAAAACAGCACAAGUAAUAUAAAGGAGAAGGAGUCAAAUACUGUAAAUCUGUUUUGUCUCUAGGAUGUUCAGAAUGUUUUAUACUGUGUUUAAAUUAGGGGUUCAUGUCUAAAUUAUGAGUUAAGCGUAAAAGAGUUAAUCAGAACAGUGUUUCAUUUUUUUGUUUUGUUUUUGCAGAUGUUCACAAGUGAGCAUGUCUCUAAAACACCAACCAACUCGGUGACAGCAUCAAGAAAACUUAUUUUAAAGAUUAGACACUGAUAUAUUUUUUAUAUACUUUGAGAGUGACACAUUUUAAAAACCAUUAGUUGCAGAGUAUCUGAUGCUGAUGUAUUACAGGAGUGAUGACAAAAUAGGGGGGAAAAAGAGGGAAUCAGACUGAAAACCAUGACCCCAAAACUGUGACGGGAAUCGAAUGAUGGAUUUUGUUAAUGGUUCCUCCAAUAAUUUAUAUAAUGUUACACAAUUACCCUUUUUUAACUUUAUUUCGCGACUUAUAUGAUUUUAACACAAUAACAUUCAAGUGGCAGAUCAGGCUGUUAGAAAAUAAACAAACCUUGUUUAAACAAAUAAUAAAAUAAAAGAGGUCCUUACUUGACUGA